GCCCCGGCGGCGGGGCGUGGGGAGUUAUAUUACGGGGUCCUUCCUCGCUCACCCUGGUUCCUCUCGGAGCGGAGACGGCAAAUGGCGGACUUCGAUACCUACGACGAUCGGGCCUACAGCAGCUUCGGCGGCGGCAGAGGGUCCCGUGGCAGUGCUGGUGGCCAUGGUUCCCGUAGCCAGAAGGAGCUGCCCACAGAGCCCCCCUACACAGCAUAUGUAGGAAAUCUACCUUUUAAUACGGUGCAGGGCGACAUAGACGCUAUCUUUAAGGAUCUCAGCAUAAGGAGUGUACGGCUAGUCAGAGACAAAGACACAGACAAAUUUAAAGGAUUCUGCUAUGUAGAAUUUGAUGAAGUGGAUUCCCUUAAGGAAGCCUUGACAUACGACGGUGCACUCUUGGGUGACCGGUCACUUCGUGUGGACAUUGCAGAAGGCAGAAAACAAGAUAAAGGCGGCUUUGGAUUCAGGAAAGGUGGACCAGAUGACAGAGGCUUCAGGGAUGACUUCUUAGGAGGCAGGGGAGGGAGUCGCCCAGGUGACCGGCGAACAGGCCCCCCAAUGGGAAGUCGUUUCAGAGAUGGCCCUCCUCUUCGAGGGUCCAAUAUGGACUUCAGAGAACCAACAGAAGAGGAAAGAGCCCAGAGACCACGGCUCCAGCUUAAACCUCGAACAGUUGCAACGCCCCUCAAUCAAGUAGCCAACCCCAACUCUGCUAUCUUCGGGGGAGCCAGGCCCAGAGAGGAAGUGGUUCACAAGGAGCAAGAAUGAGCUUGCGGUUGGGAGGGAAUGGGAUGUGGGGGGAGUUUGAGUGAGGCCACAGCCUGGCUGGCCCCCGCGGACCGGCAGUCCUGCAGUUACCAUUCCUGCGCCUGACCUUUGUCCUCCUUUCUUACAGUGGAAACUCAGAGCUUGGGAGUGCAUGUCAGCAGUUAACAAGUGGUUUUUAGUACAUUCUUGGCUUUGCUGUAUCUACCUAGUGCCUGGUUUGUGCUUUUUUUUUUUUUUUUUUUUUUUUUUCUUCCUGCCACUCCUUAAGCUAUUUUCCUUCUCUCGCUCCUUGUUUCCUUCCAGCACAUGAGUUUCUCUAGAGGGACAAAGGCAGCUGCCAUGUGGGAGUUCUUUAUAUUGAAGUGCUGCUUCAUUUCUCUCCUUUGCUUUUCUGUUUUUCCUUUAGCCACACUGGACGUUUCCUUUGAUUUUUCUCAGCAACGUGCAUGUUGAGUUCUGUAUUGCUGUGGCUUCCGAGAAAAAAAACAAGUCACAAAUUGGAUAGCAUCUUGUUUUUAUUCAGCUGUGAUCAACAUACAGAAUUCGGGACACCUUGCUUUCAAAACAAGGAUAAAAUAUCUGUUGAUCUUUGCAAAUUCCUUCCUGUAACUAUUUAUAGAUGGUCCUGACUCCAUUACUCCCUCCCCAGAUGGGAGAAUAGGCUCACAUUUCAAACAGCAAAACCGAAAAGGAUCAUGUGAACUGCUGGUGGGGCGUGCACUGUGCACAUGGGAGAGAAAUUGAUACACUGCUGUGUUCACAUGCUUUAUUAUUGCUCUUUCAACACCGGGUCCAAACCGGUUCCCUCCUUUCACCGGCCGUUUUAGAGGCUCCUCUGUGGCUGGAUGUAGCGAAUUGCUGUCUGGUUUCCUUUCUGCUGGCUGCAGAGGUGCUUUGGGCACUGCAGGUGGUAGCGCGGUGCUGGGCUCACUUCCUAGUGUGGACGCUGCUUCCUCUCAAACCCCUGUUGUCGUGUGUUCUGCAUCACUCCCUGUGUUUAUCUGUUCCCUGAUACAAGUAAUAAUGAGAUACUGUGCUUCCCACCAUCCCUUAAUUUUAGAGUGAAAGAAUGGGCCUAGAAUCUGGCACUUGACUCUCUUUCACUUGAUGAAUUGAGAAUUUGACUAUGCGGAGCUGUCAGAUAACUGGGAGGUGGCUUGAGGUCACUAGUUCUCAGCUGUAGGACGUUCGCUCCCACAUACAGUGUUCAGCACUCACCCACGCUAGGCAGCAGCUUUUGAGCUUGAACACCUCUGUGUGAACAAAUUCUUUAGCACCUGAGUCCCACCUCAUCCAAUUGGGAGCAGUUCGGGGUCAGCUAGAGCCCCGGAAAAGAGAGACCCUCACCAGCAUGACUGGAGGGCCGGGGGCAGGCUGGCCACGCAGUGUGCUUAGAAGGUAGCUCCUCACUAGCUGCCAUCCUCGGCUUCUCUCACUUUGUCGCCAGGUCUCAGCAAUUUACAGAACUCUCCCUCCUUUCCUUCCUUCCACCUGUCAUCUUUGCUUCUGAAAUAAGAACCAUUUGUGUAACACCAAUACUUACCU